AGAUUUUAUAUGGUUUUAUAUCUAGAUACAAUAUUUGCUACAAACAUAAAUACAGCAACAGUAUAUUAUUUAGAAAUUGUUAAAUAUUUUGCUGGUAACGUGUAGUGUUUUAAAAACGUUAUUUGGAAUUGAAAUUAGUAUUGUAGAAUUGGUGAUUUCUUUUCGAUAAGUUUGUCAUCAGCGACCAAAAAGAAGAAGAAUUAAAUUAAAGUAGUCGGCAACCUUGAGAAUCGAGCUGUUCGAAAUAGUUGUAAUCGUAAAUCCCGGUUGCUUUUCUAUCAUCCGCAUUAGCAAAUGUCAAAAUAAUGUAAAUCCCUGAGAUCAGUAUUAUUAUUAUGUUAUGAAGAGUGUUUUCGUUUUCUGUUUUUUUUUUGUCGUAAUAUAUUUAUAUUGGGAAGUUUGAGGUUAUAGUGGAAGGAAAUCUAUGCUCAAAAUGAAUAGCAACCGUUUGAUAUUUUGGUUAAUUUUUACAAUUUACUGGUGCAAUGGUCACACAACUAAAGAUGAACCCGAUAAACUGAAGAACGAUAAUGAAAACAAAUAUCGGAUGAACAGGGAGAAAAGUACUUACACUAUGCUCAGUGAGUCAAUUAAUCAGGCAGUCAAUAAUGAAAAUUUACAUGAAACUUGCAAUAACGAUGACUUCACUUGCUUAGCAAUGGCUUCCAAUGAUAAGCUGGGAUUAGAAGCUAUUAGGGCUUUGCAUCAGCAGUUGGAUGAUGAUGCUAAUGGAAAUAUAGAUCUGUCAGAAACUGGAGAUUUUUUAAGGGAGGAUUUGAAGCUGGAUUCAGGGUAUGAAAAGAGACAAAAAGUCUUCCAUUUUAAUGAUGAUAUGCAUAUAUCAGUUAAGGAAUUGUGGGAGGCCUGGUUGAGGUCAGAAGUUCACAACUGGACUAUUGAACAAACUACAGAUUGGCUUACUGUUUGUGUGGAGUUGCCUCAAUAUGUUGAUCAUUUCAUUAGGCAUAGAGUUACAGGUGCUAAUUUACCUAGAUUGGCUGCUAAUAAUAUGCAUUACUUGAGUAUGCUUGGAAUCAAGGACCCAAUUCAUAAACAGAAAAUUUCAUUGAAAGCAAUGGAUGUUGUUCUGUUUGGGCCACCUAAAGAUAGUCAACAUUAUUGGAAAGAUUUUACACUUAUUACCCUCAUUAUUAUUGGUGGUAUUGGUUCCUGGUAUGCUUUGCAACAGAACAACAAAUUUAAAAGGAAAUUUAAUCGCAUGAAUAGAGAUUUGGAAGGCCUGGAGACGCUGCAAAAGGAGUUGGAAGAAGCCAGGUUAGCAAAAGAAAACGUUGCCAGUGAACAACGAGAUUUGCACAAAUCAAAUUCUGAUUUAGAAGUUACAGAACUUAAAGCUGAAAUCGAGAUGUUAAGAACAGAACUUCAAAUAGCAGAAGGUGAAUUGAAGGACAGGUGUUGGUCACCACCGCCAGGUCUUCAACAAUGGCUUCAGUUAACGCAUGAAAUAGAAAAUAAAGCAUAUAUCAAAAAGAAGAUAUCUGCAGAGAAACAGUUGCAGCAAGCAAGAGAAGCAUGCGAAAAAUUGCGGAAGAAAAGAUCUAGUUUAGUUGGAGCUUUUGUAUCGACGCACGGCAAGUCUAUUGAUGAGGUGGAUAGAAGUAUAGUUGAAGCUAGAACAUCUCUAAGUGAAGUAACUCAGGAACUUCAAGAAAGAGCGCACAGAUGGAAGCAAGUAGAAUUACUCUGUGGCUUCAACGUAAUUAGCAAUAACGGACUGCAAUAUCUAGAAAGUAUCUUGUACAGAAACUUGAACGGGCGAGCAUUUGCAUUGAGAGGGAAAAUGAGUAGUCAAGAUGAUUUAGAUGACGAAGCCAGUUCUAUUUACACAACUGCAGGACCAAUGGAGAUCAAUCAGACUCAAUGGAAAGAAGUGGAUUCUUCUGGAAGCGAAGCUAGUAAACAAGAAGAGGAUACGACUGAAAAACCAAUAAAAUUUAUAGUUGGCUCGGAAAGUGAAGAAAUUCCAGUUGCGGCACGAAAUAUAUCAGUUAGAAGUGUAAGCAAUAACAGUAUAGUGAGCAGUUCGAAACCAACAGGUGCAAUAAAUAGGUCAAAAUCGCACGAUUCCAAUAUUUCCGAAAUAAGUUAUAGACCAAAAGCCGUCCAAGGGGAAAUCUUAUUAGAGAAUACACGGCCUCAAGCUGCGAAGCCGAAAGUCAUUAAAGAAACUGCUUGCGCCGAAGACGACGUGUACUCGACCGAUUCGUCCGUCGUAGAUGACGAUGUCAAGAAGAAGAAAAGGAAAUUGUUCGGAUUCGGAAAGAAGAGCAAAGCUAAAGAUUAACGACGACCGAUUGCAAUAAUUUAUUUAGAAAAUUUUAAUGAUUAUCCUUUAACCCGUGAUCUAUUGCAAUUUUUUUUUUUGUAUUAAAAACAAAACAAAAAUUGUCAUGUCUUCCAGUUCUGAAUUGUGGUAUAGA